UAAAAACCUCGAUUACGCUAAAGAUUAUGAAGUCUAUUCGAACACGAUGGAGAGAUUUCUGUGCUCUUUAGUCGUGCUAGUGACGUGCUCCAGUGCUUUAAAAUUGCCCCCCUCGUUCCAACAAUGCGAUCGACGAACCAGCGAUUUCCACGAUUGUUUGUCGAAUGCGGUUAAAGACGCAAUUCAGCAGCUGAAAGAACCUCUACCCGAGUAUGGUUUACCCAAAUUGGAGCCUUUUGAGGCUCCGAAAGAGGCUAUUGUCGAAUACGGAGACGAGACGACUGGCAUUCGCCAGAAAUACUCCAACAUGAAAAUUGGGGGCUACACAAAAAUCGAAAACACGAGCGCAAGUUGUAGUCGAGGAAAAAUUUUCGAUCUAAAUAUUACUUUCACGGAGCUUCACUUCGAAUCCGACUAUGAAGCCCACGGCAGGUUUAUUCUUUUCCCAAUUGACGUGUCCACCACAGUUACGAUGUUAAUUGCGAGACCCACGUUCCGGAUUCAUUUUGAUUUGGAAGAUUAUAAGAAAAUUGGCUUGAGACAUUUUAGAGUGACGGAUGGUACUCUUGAUAUAGACGCCGAGAAAAUGACGUUCGAUUAUAAAAAUGUCUUUAAAGAGGAAUCUCUAACUAAGAAAUUUAACGACGGGAUGGAUGAAAACUGGCAGAACAUUUUAGAUUAUCUCCUGACGGCGUUUCCAAAAUUCUGGGUUUCGUUGUACAUUCGUAUUUUUAAUAAUUUGUUGGAGAAAGUUCCGGUUUCUGAGUUGGUCGGCGGUUUUUGAUCCAAUAAAUAAUUUAUAAUUA